AUGCUACUGGUCUCGCUGCUGUGCAUCAUCGCCAUUUUCGUGCUGACGCGGACGCUGUUCGGCUUGCGCCACGUGCAGCUGGUUCUCGCCCAACGCCCUGAGGAGUCAGCCGUCGCCCAUCUCAGAGCUUGGCUCAGAGAGAUCCCGAACGACCGUCUUCGAUACCAGAUUCUGGUAUUCCCCGAGGAUCUGCUAAAGCUGACAGACCAUGACGUCUCCUCCGCUGAGGUCUUCCUUGCCGACAUUCUGCCCAGCUCAGUCACAGGAAAAGUAAUCUACCUUAAUAAUGACGUCAUCGUUCAAGCGGACAUUGCCGGCCUGCUGGCCGUGCCCGUGCUGCCGCACACGUUCGGGGCGUUUCUGAUCGACACCCACUCGGCGUCCAAGCACGCCGAUCCGGCAGACAAGCCGCUCUACGCGCUUCACGUCAACAUGAUGAACCGGUACGGCUGUCAGUGCCAGAGCAAUGUGGUCGUUGGGCUGGCGUUAGUGCUGCCACUUUGA